CCUCACUACUUUGUUAAUAUCCCUCUCUCUCUCUCUCUCUAUCUAUCUAGCUCUCUAGGUCUCUCCUUCUCUGCAAGCAGCAGCAGUACUGUAUCUCAAAUUCAUUGGCUGAGUUCAAGCUUCUUAUCCUCAAAUAGAUUCAGGCACAAACCAUGGGUAUUCUUGAUCAUCUCUCUCACCGUUUUGAUUUUUCUCAUGAAUCUAGAAAGAUGAAAAAGUUGAAGGAAUUACAGACAGUGGAGAUAAAAGUGAAGAUUGAUUGUGAAGGAUGUGAAAGGAAAAUCAGAAGAUCAGUUGAAGGAAUGAAAGGUGUAUCAAGUAUAGAUAUAGAUCCAAAGCAACACAAGCUAACUGUAAUUGGAUACGUAGAACCAAGGAAAGUGUUGAGCAGAGUUAUAAGGCGUACAGGAAAGAAAGCAGAAAUAUGGCCGUAUGUACCAUACGGUGAAGUGGAUCAUCCAUAUGCACCUGGUGUUUAUGAUAAGAAAGCACCACCUGGUUAUGUCAGAAAUAUUAUGAUGAAUAAUGAUUCCAAAGCUUCUAAUCUUGCUCGUGCUAGUUCUACUGAAGUUAAAUACUCAACUGCUUUCAGUGAUGAGAAUCCUAAUGCUUGUGUUGUCAUGUAGUUAGUAAAUUGCUGAUAAGGAUGAUGAUGAUGUUAGUAAUUUUGUACUCUAGGGUUUAGUUUGUUAUAGUUUUGGAUUUGUUUAAGUUAUCAGUUUGUACCAUUACUGGAAGUAGUUUAUGUGCUUUUUCUACUUGUGAUCAAAUAUUUGCAAAUAAAGAAUCAGCCUUUCAUUAGUUCUUGAAUCAA